UACGGUUGUUUUGAAAGCCAAUCGAUUUCAGGUUGCUAUGGUGACAAUUGCAGUAAUUCAAACGAAUUAUCAAACGAACAUUUUUCACCAUGGAAGUAUCGAAACUUGAUAUCAAUGGGCUGGCUUUAUUGCUGAAAAAGGUUUAUCUUCCGAUGAUGGAACAUUUGGCCCGUAAUGAAAACAACCAGGAGUGGCUCGACACUUUGUCCGACUUUGAACAAUUGUUGGAUCAAUUUCUGAUGUUGGGGGGUGGUCAGGAUCUUACUAAACUCGAGAAUCCGUUAUCCAAUAAAAUCAACAAAACCUUCCCGACUAGUUUUCCGUCAUUGAGAGACGAGUACGUUUUUUGGCAAAAGCAAAUGAUUGAGUUAAGUCGUCAGCAGCAAUGGAUGGUGCAGAAUUGGGGAGAAGCGACGAUAGAGACAGACUCAACCCUACGCCAAGUUCACUACACACUGAAACUCUUCCGGCUAGUCAGAGAUCCUAUCCAGGUGUUUACCGAGAAGAACACGAUGAAAGAAAUCGAUUUUUACGUCAAAUCGCUGGCCAGUUCUUUAAAAGCCGUGAUACUGCAGCCCAGUUCAAAGUCUGGAAUACAUUCAAAGUUCGUGGAAUUGGUUGCCAGCAACACUCAAGUUUUAGCGCGAUGGAUGUUGCGCGUCUUACAGCCGACAAAUCUACUGAAACCGGAAGCGGAUCUGGUUGUCAACGCGCUCAAAGUCUGGGAAACUCAAUGGGCUGAAUCCAAACUAGAAGUGGUGGGUAAAUUGACCGGCCCAGAGUUUUCCGCCAUGUUCUUGGCUACCCGAACAGUCCUGGAAAGCAUCCAAACAGUCCAGUCUCUCAUCAAGGAGACAAAGGCUCUGCGAGAAAUGACGGAACAGAUUGACGAUUACUUUGCCCGUCAACGACUAGCUGCCCUUAUCCGAGACGAUUUGGAACAGAGAAUAGUUAAACUUGAUAUCAAACUUUUCUUAGUUGAUAAUCAAGAAGAGUUUCAGAAAUGUGUUCAUAAUCACCACGAUGCUCAGAAACGUACAGAAACAGAAAUCAAAGCCACCAUAAAGAACGUCCUCGAUGCUCACACUUCGUUCGAGGGUCUGAAAUUAUUAAAGAAAAUCAUCGACAAAUCGCAGUCACUAGCUGGAACCCAUUCGGGUGGACUGGAUGAAUUUCUAGAACAAAAUCAACGAGAGCAGCUCAAUCGAUUGUCGACGGAGCUUCGUCUUAUCCGUCGAGGGUUCGACAUGACGGACUAUUUGAACGAGAAGGAAGUCGGCGAGAAUGUCGACAUGGCUCAGCGACUGUUUGAACGUCGGUUACUCUACCAUCGAGUGAAACUCUCCUUGCUCACCAUUUUCCCUCAUCCAACCGACUGGGACAAAACAGCAGCAUCAACUAAAAUCAAAGAGCAAUACGUUGAACUGGCCAAAUACCUGAAGUCGACGGAAGAUAAACUUCACAACAAGUGGUUCACGACUGUGCAGAAACGGGCCAACAAGGCGAUGACACGGCCGAUCCUAAAAAAGACGGCCAAAGGAUAUGUGACGACACUUCAAGACACUUUAAUGACCAUCUGGGACGAAACUCGAUUAUUUCUGCAGACGCGGUUUCAGGUGCCGCACGUGUGCCACAUUUUACUGAUGCAGAAACCUGAUUUGAUCCAUCACAAUCGGGCUGUCGUUGCCAUUCUCGAACGUUUGGUCUCGGUCGUUGAAAAACUGACGCCUUUCGAGUUUGUCGUUCUCAACAGCUGCUACUCAUCGGUGGAAGACGGACUGAAUCUAGGGACGACUCACAUCACUUGGCCAUCUCUUUGUCUGGCUAGUUACAUCCAAGAGCUGAUGGAGAGCGUCGAGAGGUUUCAAGGCAUGGCAGAAGACGUGGCUCUCAUUUCCACCUUGCUGGACAGACGAAUCGCCCAGAUUAACGAUUUCCGAUUACUUGUCGAUACUCAAAACGAUCUCAGUCCAAUAAUUUGCACUGGUCCACCAUCGGCUUCGCAAUUCUUUAAAAAGCUAAGUCAGUCGGGCGAUGAAUUCUUCCAAAACGUACGGCGAGUCGUCUCAGACUUGCCACCUAUUCUUCUCCAGGUGGAAAGUAUUGUAUGCAAUUCACAAACCGGAUCAGCUCCAGAAUUGCAAAACUAUUACGACUAUUGGCGCGAAAAGAUUUACGAGGCCAUUUUGAAAGCCGUUCAAACCCAACUGUUUGAUGCGCUGUCCAACUUAUUGGAGAACGGGCCAGCCCAAUUUCUUGUUCAACUGUCUCUUCGAGAUAGUAAAGUGACAGUCGAGCCGGACUUGGAGUCUAUCGAGCGGGACAUAUUUAGCAUUGCCCAUCACUGGAUCGAAUGCAGCUCAAUCGUGCCCGACUGGCAAGAAGGAUCUUGCAUCGCUUUACCGGUGGACCAGCGUUCUCUUCAUGAUCGACUUAGCCGCGAACCUCUGCUCAAAAUCACCGUCCAACGGGAUCAGGAGCAUUGCAAACAUCUCGUAGGCAAACUACGUGGCAUCAUCGAUCGAUGGAAGGAUUGUUCGGAAUUGUGGAGCGUUAACAAGGUUGCUGCGUGCGAGAAACUGAGACGUACGUCCCCCACGUUAUCGCAAUACGACGAACAGAUGCAGCAUUAUCGCAACUACUGGAGUGAUCGAGUAGGCGCCAUGGAAGCUCAAGUCGUCGCUUCCUGUAUCACGUUGCAGAUGAAACAGUUGAAAAUGUCGGCACUGGAACACAUCAGAGAGUGGAUUCGUCAACUGGGGGCCACCUGGAUGGCUGGCACAAGAGACAAACUGGAAAAAGUUGAUGGACUCGUUAAGAUUAGACACUUACAGACAGAUGGUAGUACGGAUAUCGACAUUGAAAUUCUAAUGACCGAAGUGCAGGAGAGCUGGCACCGAUUGAGUCAUUACAACAUCAUAGCGUCAGAUGAGGCUAGGACAAAAUUAAAGACCGUGCAACUACGUCGAAUUCAGACUAAAUUGAAAGCAGUUCAAUUUAAUGCGAAAAAUGCAAAUGAAACAGAUGCAAUGUAAUGAGAGCGAAUAUACGACGGAACGUGUGUGUGGAGCAAA